ACAUAAAUUAAAGUGUUAAUAUGACACAAAUUUAAUGGGAGACGAUCUAACAAUGCCAGCAACGACGUUAACACGUUGACAAUAAUCGUCCCGCGCUUCUUGCAAAAUUUGAAAGAGAAGGCAGCGAAUGAUGAUGUCUCAGCCAAUCAUUCUCUCCGACGAGGAAGACCACCUUUUCCAUUCAACCCCAAUCCAAACCAAGAAACGUCGGACUCAAUCCAUCCUUAACCCAACUCCCACCGUCGUCCUACUUGACGAUGACCCCACUCCGAAGAAGCCUGACGUGCCAAUCCCCAAAUCCUUUGAUACAGCCUCCUUUGGCUCCCGGACUAGGGUUUCAAAUUCAGAGCACGAGUUUUCUGAUUGUACCGUCAUCCCUGAGACGCCAAUGUCUGACAUUGCGAUCCUCAAGUGCUCCUCUAGUAAAGCCUCAUCCGAUUUUCAUGCUAAGGUUUCUGAUCAGAACAACAAGUUUUCUGAAGAAUUUACAGUCAUUCCUGACACACCAAUGUCAGAUACUGCAAUCGCUAAAUGUUCUAGAGUUUCAUCCGUUCCCAAGACUACUACAGUGUCCAGUUCAGAGUACAAAUUCUCUGGUAGACUUUACAUUGUAAAUGAAUAUUUGGGCAUUAAUCGACUGAUAUGUUUGGAGUCUGAUAAUGACUCGGAAGAUGGAUAUGAAAGGGAAAAGUGGAAGGGAGAUGACAUUUUGGAUUCUGGUUUUGAUGCAGAGAAGGAUUUUGAUUGGAAUUCUAAAUUUGUUCUGCCCACUCGUACUACUUCUGGCCAUGCUGAUGAAACACAAAUUCCUGAAGACAGAUUUUCCAACCCAGUUCUAUCCCCCUUACGAGGUGAAAUUCCUCAGGUGAGUGAGAGUCCUGGAAAAGAAUACGUUAGCACAGACCAGAUAGAUAACAUUGUGCAGAACAACAAAACAAAAGAUUAUACUGAGAAUAAAAAUAGUACAAGAGAACUAAUGAGAAGAAAAGGGAUAGCAGAAGAGGAAAAGAUUCGCUUAAAAGAAGAGAAAAAAUUGAAGAAGUUGCAAGAAAAAGCUGAAAAAGCAGCUCUUAAAGCUGAAGCUGUAGAGUUGAAAAAAAUAGAGAAAGAAAGGAAAAAGUGGGAGAAUGGGAAAUUCGCCUUAAAAUCCAUUGUAGCAGAGAUUGAUGCAAAAGUAAUUGAGAUGGGGUCAGUUGGAGGAAGUUUGUUAACGAGGUUUGCCGAAAAGGGGCUUACAUACCGCAUAACAUCAAAUCCAAUUGAAAAGUCUAUCUGUUGGACUAUGAAAUUUCCGGAACAUAUACCCGAGCUUUCUCCUGAAGGAAUAGAGAUUCAAUAUGUAUUACUCGUGUAUGAGGCCGAGGAAUUUUGUAACCUUGUAACAAGUGAAGCUUUUUUGGACCACGUUUCUGGGGUUCGAAGUCGUUAUCCAUCUCAUACAGUGUGUUAUUUGACAAAUAGGUUAAUGUCAUUUAUCAAUAAAAGGGAACAAGAACAGUUCAAGAACCCAACAAAUCAUAAUGGUUGGCGGCGCCCACCUGUUGAGGAGAUGCUGGCAAAGUUGACCACCCACUUUGUUAAAGUGCGUUCAAGACAGUGUGUAGAUGAGGCUGAGCUAGCUGAACAUAUUGUUGGUUUGACAAGCAGUUUGGCCUCUUGCCAAUUUAGAAAGAAGUUAACACGACUGUCUGUAAAUGCAAAUGGUUCCCUUAUCCCUAAGGAUUCUGUUGACAGGAAUUUAAUACAAAAGAACUUGUGGUUAAAAGCUUUGGUAGCUAUCCCAAAGGUACAACCACGAUUUGCUAUUGCUAUAUGGAAGAAGUACCCCACCAUGAAAUCUCUUCUGAUUGCAUACAUGGACCCAAGUAAAUCUGUGCAUGAAAAGGAAUUUCUGCUCAAGGAUUUAACUGUUGAAGGAUUAAUUGGUGAUGACAGAAGAUUAGGUGAGGUCUGUUCAAAGAGAGUGUAUAGAAUUCUUAUGGCACAAAGUGGAUCUAUCAAAACUGAUGAUGUAGAGAAUGGUGCUGCUUUUUUUGCACAUCAAUCAUCCUAAAAUGUUCAUUCUUCGUUAAGUAUAAACCAUGGACAGAAGCAAAUCAUUGCCAAGCCACUACUCCAAUCUUCAUGGAGAUGCCCGGUUCGAUUUCGAGGAACGGUCCAAGUCUUACAGCUUUAAUGGUGACGAUGACUUGGCUACUUCCUCUAGUAAUCCUGAGAUGAAGAGGAGGAAGAGGGUUGCAGCUUAUAACAUGUAUGCAACAGAAGGUAAGCUCAAGUCCUCUUUGCGCAAUAGCUUCAAAUGGAUCAAGAGCAAGUUUGUCGGCACUUACUAUGAUGAGUAAGAACUCAUCAAAAAGCUAUUGUUGUCAUUGAGAGAAGCAAACUAACUUCUCUCUUUCUCUCUUGAUCUUGAGAUUGGGAACCAGAUUAUCAGAAAAAGUUAAUUUCAUUGUUUUCUGUACAGUUUACAGUGUCCAAACAUGUUCCAAAACAAGGUUCCUGAAUUAAGACUCCUUAUGCCUAUGAUUUCUUGUAUUAAUGUUCAAAUUCAAUCCAACAUUGAAAUGGUUUGAAUUAACUUACUGAUAUGACUUAUAAUAUUGGUGCUUGGUUUUCUGGGCAUAAAAGUUCGAAAAGGUGGAUUUGCAAUAGUUAUAAUCCUUGACCUGUAUUAUCAGAUUAGAUUGUGAUGUGUAAUUUGUUUCUAGUGUACAAGGGCUGUCGCCAUGCGUCAUAACUACAAUGUUAUCCACAUCCUUCUAACUAAUAUGAUAAUAAAUAAUUAUGGUUUAUGAGUUUGGGAU